CUUCUGUGAAAGGAGCCCUUCUGUCACUCGUCACUCGCUUGCUCGCUCGCCCGCUCGCUAGCUCGUUUGCUCGCUGUGGGAGGAGCCCGCCAGAGGAAGCCGUGUGCCUGGGAUGCCAAGAGCCAGAGAAUGGAUCUGCUCCGAGUAGGGACAUUGCUGAGGAUCCCGGCUUCCCGAGGCGGCUGAAAACAAGCAUUUGGUUUCGGCUGCCUGCAGAUACUGGGAGACACACAACGAGACCUAAGCGGACCGGAGGAGGGACAGACCGACUGACCGAUAGAUGGUCGGCGCGAACCCUGGAGGACCGGCGGCGGAGGCUGAGCACCGCGAGCCCAGCCGCCGCGCUUGAAGAGAAACUAACUGCACGCCCAAGUUGCCCCGCCGGCUGCCCGCGCGCUGAGGAAUGAGACCUUUCCAGCUGGAUUUGCUCUUCCUCUGCUUCUUCCUCUUCAGUCAAGAGCUUGGCCUCCAGAGGAGAGGAUGCUGUCUGGUGCUGGGCUACAUGGCCAAGGACAAGUUUCGGAGAAUGAAUGAAGGCCAAGUCUACUCCUUCAGCCAGCAACCCCAGGACCAAGUGGUGGUGUCAGGACAGCCAGUGACUCUGCUGUGUGCUAUCCCUGAGUAUGAUGGCUUCGUCCUGUGGAUCAAAGAUGGCCUGGCUCUGGGUGUAGGCAGAGACCUUUCAAGUUACCCCCAGUACCUGGUGGUGGGGAACCACCUCUCAGGAGAACAUCACCUGAAGAUCCUGAGGGCUGAGCUGCAGGAUGAUGCCAUAUAUGAGUGCCAGGCCAUCCAGGCUGCCAUCCGGUCCCGCCCUGCGCGACUCACAGUCCUGGUGCCACCAGAUGACCCCAUCAUCCUAGGGGGGCCUGUGAUCAGCCUUAGGGCAGGGGACCCCCUCAACCUUACCUGCCACGCAGACAAUGCCAAGCCUGCGGCUUCCAUCAUCUGGCUACGUAAAGGAGAGGUCAUCAAUGGGGCCACCUACUCCAAGACCCUGCUUCGAGAUGGCAAACGUGAGAGCAUUGUCAGCACCCUCUUCAUCUCCCCAGGAGAUGUGGAAAAUGGACAGAGUAUUGUGUGCCGAGCCACCAACAAAGCCAUCCCCGGAGGAAAGGAGACCUCUGUCACCAUAGACAUCCAGCAUCCACCACUUGUCAACUUGUCGGUAGAACCACAGCCAGUAUUGGAGGACAACAUCGUCACGUUCCACUGCUCUGCAAAGGCCAACCCAGCUGUCACCCAGUACAGGUGGGCCAAACGGGGCCACAUCAUCAAGGAAGCAUCUGGGGAGCUGUAUAGAACCACAGUGGACUACACGUACUUCUCAGAGCCUGUAUCCUGUGAAGUGACCAACGCCCUGGGCAGCACCAAUCUCAGCCGCACAGUGGAUGUGUACUUUGGUCCUCGAAUGACCUCAGAGCCUCAGUCCCUGCUAGUAGAUCUGGGCUCGGAUGCUGUCUUCAGCUGUGCAUGGAUCGGCAACCCAUCUCUGACCAUCGUGUGGAUGAAACGAGGUUCUGGUGUGGUCCUGAGUAAUGAAAAGACCCUAACCCUCAAAUCUGUCCGCCAAGAGGAUGCUGGGAAGUACGUGUGCCGGGCUGUGGUGCCCCGGGUAGGAGCUGGGGAGAGAGAGGUGACCUUGACAGUCAAUGGACCCCCCAUCAUCUCCAGUACACAGACCCAGCACGCCCUCCAUGGAGAGAAGGGUCAGAUCAAGUGCUUCAUCCGGAGCACACCACCGCCUGACAGAAUUGCCUGGUCCUGGAAAGAGAAUGUGCUGGAGUCAGGGACAUCGGGGCGCUACACAGUGGAGACAGUGAACACAGAGGAGGGUGUCAUCUCCACACUGACCAUUAGCAACAUCGUGCGUGCUGACUUCCAGACCAUAUACAACUGUACAGCCUGGAACAGCUUUGGCUCUGACACAGAGAUCAUUCGACUCAAGGAACAAGGUUCGGAAAUGAAGUCGGGAGCCGGGCUGGAAGCAGAGUCUGUACCAAUGGCCGUCAUCAUUGGGGUGGCCGUAGGAGCUGGCGUGGCCUUCCUCGUCCUAAUGGCAACCAUUGUGGCCUUCUGCUGUGCCCGUUCCCAGAGAAGUACGGGAGGGAGACCCGGGAUCUCAGGGAGGGGGACAGAGAAAAAGGCCAGGCUUAGACUGCCCAGGAGAGCAAAUCUCAAAGGUGUUGUAUCAGCCAAAAAUGAUAUUCGAGUGGAGAUUGUGCAUAAGGAGCCAGCUUCUGGCCGGGAGGCUGAGGACCACACCACCAUCAAGCAGCUGAUGAUGGAUCGGGGUGAAUUCCAACAAGACUCGGUGCUGAAACAGCUGGAGGUCCUCAAAGAAGAGGAGAAGGAGUUUCAGAACCUGAAGGACCCCACCAAUGGCUACUAUAGCGUCAACACCUUCAAAGAACACCAUUCAACUCCUACCAUCUCCUUGUCCAGCUGCCAGCCAGACCUACGUCCAACAGGCAAACAGCGUGUGCCCACAGGCAUGUCCUUCACCAACAUCUACAGCACCUUGAGCGGCCAAGGCCGCCUCUACGACUACGGACAGAGGUUCGUGUUGGGCAUGGGCAGCUCUUCCAUUGAGCUUUGUGAGCGAGAGUUUCAGAGGGGCUCCCUCAGCGACAGCAGCUCCUUCCUGGACACACAGUGUGACAGCAGCGUCAGCAGCAGCGGCAAGCAAGAUGGCUAUGUGCAGUUUGACAAGGCCAGCAAGGCUUCUGCCUCCUCUUCCCACCAUUCCCAGUCCUCUUCCCAGAACUCCGACCCCAGUCGACCCCUGCAGCGGCGGAUGCAGACUCACGUCUGAGGACCACGCACUGUGGUGGGGAUGGGCCAAGGAGGAGGACAGGGUACAUUCUCAUUCUCCAAGGACUGGGGCUACUUUGCAGAGGACCCUAGAACCGGCCACUUCCAGGGUGGCCUCCAAGCACCUCUAUUAACACCUUCCUUCGAAGCUCUGAUCAAGCACAAAUCUGGCUCCCAGGUGGGAAAUGGAGAAUAUGCAGCUGAGUGCACUGUGCUCAGGGUCUCUGUCUCUUGCUCUUCCCUAAAAGUCCCUCAACAACUUUGUCCUCCCAUGGGCACUAGUGGCAGCUAGAACUUUGCUUUUAUGAAACUGCCAUCCACUCUACUAGCUCCUCUUGCUGCCCAUAAGCCAUCCCUGGUGGCUGUAUUCCUUACAGCCUUGGGGAACAGAGGACUUUUUCCCAGCACUGAGCUGCUCCGGAGACCUCAGCCUCCCCACUGUGCACAGCCCAUACCACAGAGGCUGGGGCCUGGAAAAAAACAAACAAACAAACAAACAAAACAAACAAACAAAAAAAAAAAAAAAAAACCGACCCUGACCAAAGGAGCUUUUGCCUGGGAGCUUACCCCCACUUUGUUUGGUGUUUGUGUCUGUAUUCUUGCAGUUCUGUUCUUGGACUUGAGGCCUCUGAGCUCCGUGGUGGGACUGGCCCAUCAGAGUCUGGUGUCCUCAGAGCUGAGGAAGGGAAGGAGGGAGAAUGUGAAUGCCUGGAGAACAACUGGCCCAACACACUCUGUGCCAGGCUGUGCAGUUCAGAGCCCUCGCCCUCACCCUCACCCCCUGCUCUGUGUUCUCUCUUCCUUCCCACAGCACAAUCGAGCUAAUCCAAGGAGCGUGAGAACUUCUCUGUUCAGGGUUUGUUGAACAGUUAUUGCAACGUGCUUCCUGGGUGAUGUAGGUUUGAGAGGGUGCUGAAGUCUAGGCUGAAGGAUGAGACAGACUCUUUCAGCUGAUGACCGCAAGGAACAAUAAACAAUCCAUUCUCCAGUAGACAGGACUCUGUGUGCAAGAGGAACAGUUUCCUUCACCUCUCCUUCCCAUCACUCCCCACUUAAGAAUAAAUGUUAGGGCCAUUACCCCC